AUGCACAGAUCUCUCUACCUCUCGCUUCCCAAACGGAAGAAAUCCGCUUCACAGCCUCCACUACUCCCAACCGCACGAAACUACAACAACAUCAAGACCUCCAGGUACGUGCCUGGUCCCGCGUCGGAGCGGUCGCCGCGGUCGACGGAAACCCUGCCGGAACCCAUCCGGGCGUCGGAGCGGUUCUUCGUGAAGCCGGGCUCGUCUAGCUCCCUCAUCGAGGAGGCCCGGCUGAGCGUGGGCUCUCUGUCUCCGCGGUGCGAGGGGCAGGCGGUGGGGAUCCUGUCCAGGGACCCGGACGCCGACUUCCGGCGGUCGAUGCUGGAGAUGGUGGAGGCGCGCCACGUGGACCCGGAGGAGCCGCUGGAUUGGGAGUUCGUGGAGGAGCUGCUCUACUGUUUCCUGCGACUCAACGACCGCGGCGUCCACAAGCACAUCGUCCGGGCCUUCACCGAUCUCGCCGCCGCCGGUUUCCGCCGCAGGUCGCCAAGGCUGUGA